UGUCGGCUCCGCUCUAAGCGAAGCGAAGGGUCGUCGACUCAGGGUCUGUGUUUACUUUCCGCCGUCUCUUUUUGUUCCCUCCGAGACUCAAAAAUGUGCAGAUAAAUGACAUAAAUGUGCGCCGUGUAGCGGCCGCGGGCGUCGGUACGUGCGCGGUGCAACUCUGCGGCCGGAAGACCGUGACUCUACGAGCGGCUAACGGCGGAAGAGAUGGCCGGUCUCGUUGAAGAAGCCGAGCGGUCAAAGCGGGAGAUCCGCCGCCAGAGGAGGCUCCGCGAUCCCGCUACGAAGCCCGGCGUCAGGCUGCGUAAAGCAGUUAGCGAUCAUUCUGGUGGAUCUUCUGCAGACGACCACCUGCUGAUCUCCAGUGAGGACCAGGAGGAGCCAGAGCGCCCCCACAUUAAAGAGGAGGAGCAGGAGCUGUGCAUCAAACAGGAGGAGACUGAGAUCAUCACUGUGUCUGAUGACCAGAUUAAAGACGAGCGUCCCCGUGAGCAGCAGGAGAGGAUCUCCACUGUGGACCAGGAGCUUCUCCACAUUAAAGAGGAAGAGGAGGAGCUGAGCAUCAAACGGGAGGAGAGCGAUGUCAUUGCGGUGAUUGUCAAGAGUGAAGACGUGGAAGAGACACCCGAGUCCUCACAGCUUCACCGGAGUCACACUGAGGACGGUGGAGGACAAGAACCAAGUCCAGAUGGACAUCUAUCACCGGGUACUGAGGUCGAAAUCGAAGAAUCUUCGGACACCGACGACAGCGACGGCGAAUGGAAGGAGACGGACGAAACCGAGAGUUUGAAUAAAAAGGCGUCCAGUGACAUGGGAGCAAACACCAGUGAUGAACUUAGCGAUUCUGAAUGUGGUCAAAGGUUUGACAGCACGGAUCUUCUGCAGAGACACGUCGCCGCCAACUACAGGAAGAUACCGUUCGGUUGCUCUGAAUGCGGCAAACGGUUCAGCACCAAGUGGAAUCUGAGGUCACACGAGAAGACUCACAAAUGCGAGAAACCGUUCAGGUGCUCCGUGUGUGGCAAACAGUUUAGCACAAAGUGGAAUCUGAGGUCGCAUGAAAGAAUUCACACGGGAGAGAAACCCUUUUGUUGCUCCGAGUGCGGUAAAAGAUUCGUCCAGAGGACGAAUCUGAGAAAGCACGAAAAGACUCAUCGAGGAGAGAAGCGGUUCAGUUGCGCCGAGUGCGGGAAACGCUUCAUCCACAAGAGCAGUCUGAACAAACACGAGAAGUUCCACACGGCGGAGAAACCGUUCAGUUGCCCCGAGUGUGGGAAAGUCUUUACCCGGAAGAGCAGUCUGAAGAGUCACGAGAAAAUCCACACGGGGGAGAAGCCGUUCAGCUGCUCCCAGUGUGGCAAGAAGUUUGUGAAGAGGACUAAUCUGAGGAGACACGAGACGAUUCACUCGGAAGAGAAACCGUUCUGUUGCUCUCACUGUGGGAAAAGAUACGCCUUGGAGAGCAGAUUGAGGACUCAUCAAAAAUUACACCGAGAAACCGUUUACUGCGGCAGACUCGCUGUUUCCGCCGGAGAAAGAAGGAACACGGCGGUUAAAAUGGUCGGCGUGUUGGAGGAGACGCAGCGGGCAGAGGAGGAGCAGAUCUGCCGCCAGGAGAAGCUGCUCGACGCCAGGGUGAACACAGCAGACGAGCAGCAGCUGCUGGUGAUAAAAGAAGAGUUUCCCGCCGAGCAGCAGGAGCGGAUCUCCAGUGUGGACCAGGAGGAGCCGGCGCUUCCCCACAUUAAAGAGGAGGAGGAGGAAAUGUGCAUCAAACAGGAGGAGACCGAGGUCACUGCUGUGAUUGUGAAGACAGAGGAAGACGAAGAGUCACCCGAGUCCUCGCGGCUCCAUCAGAGUCGCACUGAGGAGAACAGAGAGGACUGUGGAGAACCAGAUCCAGGUGGGCAUUUAGGAGCGGGUACAGAGGUUGACUCUGAAGACUUUUCUGAGACUGACGACAGCGAGGACGACUGGAAAGAGAGCGGUGAUUUAAGUUCAAUAAGAGUUCACAAAACUGUCUCCACUGAUGACAAACUAAAAUGUUCUGAAUGUGGGAAAAUAUCUAUCUCCAAGUCAAAUCUGGUGCGACAUAAAAAAUUCCACACGGGAGAGAAACCGUUCAGUUGCUGCGAGUGUGAUAAAAGAUUUUUCCAGCUAAGCGAUUUGGAGAAGCACAAGAGAAUUCACACGGGAGAGAAACCGUUCAGCUGCUCCGAGUGUGGCAAAAGAUUUAACACAAAAUGGAACCGGCAGCUCCACGAAAAGGUUCACGUGAAAGAGAGACCACUCAGCUGCUCCGAGUGUGGAAGAACAUUUGUCCAUCAGUGGAAUCUGAAGAAGCAUGAGAAAAUUCACUCGGGAGAGAAACCGUUCAGCUGCUCCGAGUGCGGCCAGACUUUUAUUCAGCAGUGUGACCUGAGGAAACACGAGAGGAUACACACGGGAGAGAAACCGUUCAGUUGCUCCGAGUGCGGCAAAAGUUUCCGUUCAAGCUCAAAUCUGGGGCUGCACAAGAGGAUUCACACGGGGGAGAAACCGUACAGUUGCUCUGUGUGCGGUAAAAGAUUUGUCCAGAACAUCCAGCUGAGGACACACGAGAGAACUCACACGGGAGAGAAACCGUUUGGUUGUCCGAUUUGUGGUAAAAAGUUUACGGGCAAAAGGAGCCAGACGCUUCACAUUUCGGCUCACCAGCGGGAAAAACUAUGAAGUGACAAGAAUUUUUAACUUAAUAUUUUACAAUUUAAAAACAUCAGUGUGUUGGUUACUCCUCAGAACUUAAUUAGUGACUGUGGUGGACCAGAACCAGUGGGAAAAUCUGGAUCAGAUAUCUUCUUCUUCAUCCAACUGAAUACUAGCACUAUAGCAAAAGUUCAGUGAGUUUUGUUAUACGGAAAAGUGCAAUAAAAUUGUGUUCAUUGAUCGCA